AUGACCUUCGACGUCAUAACCACCACGGCAACCGCUCUCCAACGCUUACUAUUCCAAAACAAAAUAACAAGCGUCCAAAUCGUGCAAUACUAUUUCGCACAGAUCGAUCGCCAUGAACCCACCCUCAACGCGCUCAUAUCACCAGUACCGCGCGACAAGAUCCUCGCCAUUGCCGCGACGCUCGAUGCAGAGCGUCAGAUUUCCAGGUCGAGGCGAUGGGGGAGAAUGAGAAGUUACUCGGCCCCCGGCGGCUCAUCAACCGGCUCCGCAGUCUCAGUAGCAGCUGGUUUCUCUCCUCUAGCCAUGGGCACGGAGACAUUCGGCUCCAUCGUUACGCUCUCAAGCCUACCGUUGGAAUCCAAUAUUCUACAGGGCUGUACUACAUGA